AUGGGUCUGGGUCUUUCCAAGCGCGGUUUGUGCCCGAUUCUCUUCGAGAUAGUGUCGGCGACGGUUUUCGCGGUGGUGAUGGCUACAUCGUACCGUGCGGCGGUGAUACAGAGGUGUUGUGUUCGGGAAGGUGAUGAGGUCAGCCUGACGGAUCGGAUUCUCGAAGCUUCUCUCAUGGGAUUUUUGCUAUUUCUUGCGUUGAUGAUCCGCAGACUGCUCCAUAAAAUCCAAGAACUGUGUAUAGGAACGAAGCGCAUAGAGUCUGUCAACAAACUAAACGAGGAGUUGACUAAAUCGGGUGCAAGGAUUAAGCAGCUCGAGACAGCGCUUAUUGAGAAGAUUAAAGAAGCAAACAGUGCAGGAACAUAUGCAAUUGCUCUAAGAAAGGAGUUGAUGGAAUCAGAUUCAAGGAUUAAGCAGCUCGAGUCAGAGCUUACAAAUAAGGCUGAAGAGGCAAACAGUGAAAGAACAAAUGCAGUCGCUCUAAAGAAGCAAUCAGAAGGGCUUCUUCUUGAGUACGAUCGGUUGCUUGAGGAAAAUAUGAGCCUCCACAGCCAGUUGCGAUAG